AUGUGCCAUGAAUCCUUCUUUAAUAUCUUCGUUCUGCCUUCACACGAGUAUGCGGUCCCAAAGGAAAAAAUUGAUCAUUUCAAAACCGUCGCUGCUCAAGAUAUCGUCUGUUCUCAGGAAGAAAAGAAGGUUACUGCUGAAGUUGAAGAGGACGAUGAUGAUGAAGACGACUCAUCUGAUGAUGAAGAAGAUGACUCAUCAGACGAGGAGACCCCAGAGAAGAAUAGGUGGAGCAGAGCGUGGAAUGGAGGUUGCAGCUCCAAAAAUGGCAUGAAUAUACUCGGCACAGCUAUUCAGGUUCAUAGUCAUAGAGCAGCUGGUAGGGUUAGUGUAUGCUCGGCUACAAUUUUAGUGCAUCUAUGGGCCACGGCUAGAACCCUCAAGAUUGCUGAUGACCUGAAGAGAGGUUCAUCUCGCUACUAUUGGUAA